AUGUCCUCUAAACACAACCACCAAAUCCUCGAAAUAGAAGAUGAUGAUGCUCGUCUUCAGCGAAUUCAAAAUGCGCUCGAAAGACUGAAUGCUUCAACCAGCCGGCCAAUCAAUGCAGACAUGGCUAACAUUCUGGGCUCUCCUCGCACUUUGGAGCUAGGGACGGGCAACAACGAGCACCUUCAAAAUCUUCUGGCCCGUGUCCAAGCAUUCUUACCGGAAAUGGAGGCCUCGAACGCUCUCGUCGCGCAAAGGGCUGAAGCAGAUCCCAACAGUGUGGAUAUCGAGAACGUGGACGACGACGAAGCAGUGAUAGAGAUGAAUUUGGGCCUCGGAGUUUUUGAAGAUAAAAAUGGGGAUUAUUCAACGUCAGAAAGCGACGAAUCUGAGGAAGAGACAACAUCAGAUUCGGAGAGUUCAGACGACAAUGUGGUAAUCAAUCGGCCAAUUCGACCACUGCCAAAACGCGGUCGGGCUCCCCCAGAAAUCAUUGUUCUGUCGGGAACAUGA